AUGUACAUCCAGGUGGACACACCUGGCUACAGCAAGUUCCUUUACGACGACGAAACCCGGCCGAAGUUGCAAUCCAGAGACAGCGAGCGCUCUUUUGCCUGGUCAGAGGCCUUCGAUGGCCCUCGGACAUCGAUCGACAAGGAUCAAGGAGCAGCACGCGACCCUGCCUUUCGGCGGCGCUUGUGGAUGGAAGGCACCAGAUACAGCGGCAGCUUCGGUCACAGAAAAGUCAGCUCCAAUGGCUCGAUCAGCGGCUCAGAGAUGCCCAAUGGUAGCAUGGACCUCCGCCGAAGCAGCGGCGAGCACUCGCCUCGCAGCGCAGAGUUGAGCCACCUCCCGCUUCAACGGGAGAGCCAACCGGGCACCAGAACACUCACAAUCGACAACCCGCGCUCCAGCUUCCGCGGCUACGUCUUCCUAAGUCCCUGGAACGGGCGCUGCGAGUUCUCGACGGCCGCUGCCGGCAAGUCGCUGAAGUGCAAACACACAAUCCCGACCAACAGCUCAGCUCUCGCCCCCUCCGACUCCGCCGCCAUCAGCGAACUCCGCUUCAACCUCCCCGUGCCCGCCGUCCGCAGCGAUCCUGCGACCCCCAGCGAAGACCCCAGCUCAACCACCAAGCGCUCCUCCGUCUUCUCCCGGCCGCGUCUACGCAGCCAGCAUUCAUCGUCUGCGGCUUCUCUGCCCACGCUAUCCGGCGCCCGCGAUCCCGUAGCAGCCGACACGGCGCGCCUGGACCUCUCGCUCGGCCAGGAGAUCGCGGGCGGCGGCUUCGGCGGCAAGCAGGCGAAGCUGGGGAAGCUGAUUGUCGAGGAUGAGGGCAUCAGGAUGCUGGAUUUGGUCGUGGCGGCGAAUUUGGCGCUUUGGUGGAGGGCGUGGGAGAGGGUUUGUGAGGGAUAG